UGUGGGCCACAGUUUGCAGAGUUUGAAACACGGUAAUAUGAAACCAGUCCUCUUAGUUGAUGUUCACUCGCUGCAAGCUACAUUCCAGACCAAACCUGCACCAAAAGCGGAAGAGUGUUUUCUUUUUAUUAUUAUUAUUCAGCUUCAAGGGCAGUACAGUCAGUUAACUUCCACUCUUCAACAUUUGGAAUUCUCCAGAAGACAAGGCAUGUUUUAGCAAAGAACUUCAAAUAAAUUCCAAUCCAUCAAGAUUUUCCACAAUUUCUGAUACGUAGCCGCUCUGAAGAUUUUGCUAAAGCAGCUUUUGACCACAGUGGGGAUCUUUCUGAAAUUUUCUGCUGACAGCUUUUUGUGACUCCUGAGCCGGCAUAAGGAAAUAGCAAACUGCAAGUACCAGUUGUUCAGUACUAACCUUUAACUCUAUUUUCUAGAAAGUAAAAAGCUUUGGAAUUCACCAAACUGUGCCUUGUGCGUUCAGUCGAUUAGUUUGCAGAUUUGCCUUGACAAAAAAAAAAAAAGCCUUUUGUGUAAAAAGUGUUGCUGCUGAGAAAACGUGGCAUGCAAAAUGAGUGAAAUCUUCCUAUUUCUUCUGUACUAAAGUUGUAAGCGUUGGCAGGGAUUUGCAUUUCGUACCACUAUGUUGUAGGAAAAACAGUGUAUGAUUUGGAGAAACAGCUUCCCUCCAUAAUGAUUCAAUUUACUUACUGAAUGAAAAAAACAUUUCUUGGAAGCAAUUAUAUAGACAUAACUAGUUCUUGUUCCAGGAAUAUAUGUGUGUUUUGAUUUGCCCAACAUGGAAAAAAAUAGUGAUUGCAGUAAACUGCCUAAUCCAGGGAAGGAGAAAGAGACUGAAGCAAGCCAUGCUUUCUUAACUAAAUUUUCUAUGAAAGCACUGUUUGGAUUUAGAGAUAAAUUAGAACCAGGAACUUCAAAUCAGCAAGUGGUUUUAAAAGGAGUUCAUAAUGUCAAUGGGGAUAUUGAUAGCCAUAUAGACAAAGAGGAUGAGAAGAACAUAGUAAAUGAAGAAGCUGAUCUAAAUACAGCUGAUCUGCUUCCAGAAACGGUGCAGGAGGAAAGUAAUGUUCAGGCUGUUCCAGAAGCUGACACAAGAGACAUAUUUGUUUUGAAGGCGGUCUCAGGAAUGGAUGAUUGGGCUUCAAAUGACCCUGCAGAAACCAUUACUGGUGCUUCAAAUGUGUGCAGAAUUUAUGCUGGAAACUUUGUUGAUUCUGAAGAUAAUGACAGCAUAGAUAAUACCUCUAUAGACUAUGCUUUUGUCUCAGAUGAUCAUCAGGCUGAUGUUUAUGGGACAAGAGACUUGGAAACACAGCAAAGGGAGCAGAAGGAGCCAUCCCUCUCCGAUUCCUAUUCUAGCCACUCUCCUUUGUGUGAAUUCAGCAAACAAGAUUAUAAGGAUUCCAUUCUUGUUCAGGGUACUUUGGCUCAUACAAGUGACACAGAAUUAGACAAUGAGGCUACAGAUGUAGACUCACAUGGAAAUGUAACAAACUACCCUGUGUUAAAUUGUGCUGUAUCAUUGGAAGAUAAUUAUCAAAAUAAAGAAGACACAGAACUAUAUACAGAAAUGGGUAGUACUAUAGCAGGGGAUAACACAGAGCCAAUUCUACCAAGUUGCAAAUGGCCGUCAAAAGAAAUGGAGGAUACAAUACCAGAAAUGUAUUCAAGUUCAAAGGUUAGAACACCAAUCAAGGAACCUAUUGGUUCAAUUGCUACAGCAAAAGAUAUUCAGGAAGCUGAAGAAGAGCAGGGAUCUCUUUCAAGUAACUGCAGCGCUGAUUCUCCUACAAAACCAGCUUUGAGUGAAAAGUCCUUUCAGCUCCCAGCCUUCUUUAGUGGAUUACGUGUUCGAAAGAAAGGGUUGUCUGCAGAUCCAGAGGAAACUAUCACCGAAAUCAAACAGAAAGACAGUGAUCUAGCUAUGCUCAAACUAAGACAGCCCGUUAAGAAGUCAAAUCUUGCACCUGAGCCGGUAACCAAGAAGAAAAUAUCAGAGCCGAAAGGUUCUCCUACCUUUCUAGAACAGCUUUCUCAGUUGUUAGGGCCUAAAACUGAGGAGAAAAGUAUUGAUGACGUAGUACUAGCAUCUGGAGAGGUCCAAGAAAGGAAAUCUUAUGUGAGAACGGAUCCAAGUGAAGAAAUGAAACCAAGUCCUGCAGAAUCUGCACUGGAUGCAUUUAAAGCUUUAUUUACACGUCCUCCCAAAAAAGAGACAACUGCUGACACUUCAGAAUUAGAAGCAAUAAAACGCAAAAUGAAACAUGAAAAGGAAACUUUGAUGGCAAUAUUUGAGAGAUCUAAACCAAAAUCCGGUGAUGCAGCCACAGAAACAAAACCAGCUGAUGUAAUUCCUUCAGAACAGGAUGACAAGACUCCAGGAAGACUCCAGACUGUCUGGCCCCCACCCAAAGCAAAGGAUGAAGAAGAGAAAAUAGGCUUAAAAUAUACAGAAGCAGAGUACCAUUCUGUGAUUUUGCAGUUAAAAAGGGAACAUAAGGAUGAAAUUGAGAAACUAAAAUCUGAGUUUGAACUCCAAGUCUUUCGAAUUCGAGGAGAACACGCCCUAUCAAUAACAAAGCUUGAGGAACACAUUCUAUAUUUAAAAAAUGAACUGGAAAAUAAGUUAUACAAGCAAAGUGAAGAAGCAAAGGAUGCCUGUGUAUCCACUGAAGAUGACAACCCACCAAAGAUAUACAGAAAUGUAUGCAUCCAAACAGAUAGAGAAACUUUUAUAAAGCCAAAUGAAGAUAAAACACGGAUACCAAAAAAUAAUCAAAAAAUUCCAAAGAAACUUUCCAAACCCUAUUUGAAUAACAGUGUUUUGGCUUCAGCUGAUCGUAAAGAAAUAUGCAGUUCGGCCCAAACCUCAGGGAAUGUUUUUUCAAAGUUGGACCAAACAGUGCCGCCUCCUCCUCCUCCACCACCACCUCCUCUUCCUCUUUCACUAUCUCAUUCAAUCCCACCACAACCACCACCGUUGCCGACAAGCUUGAGAUCUGCCCAUCCACUGCCGCCGCCACCACCACCACCACCACCACUUCCUUCAGCUUUUGGUAUUCCUCAGCCAUCUCUACCUCCCCCAUCAGGGCCACCUCCAACAGGAACAGGACCUCCACCGCCUCCACCCCUGCCGCCACCAUUGCCACUUGGCUCUAAUUUUUCAUCAAUAAGUCAAGGUCCUCGAAAACCUACAGUUGAACCCUCUUGUCCCAUGAGGCCGCUCUACUGGAACAGAAUCCAAAUAUCAGAUAGCAGUGAACAGUCAAUGCCAACUCUUUGGGACUCAUUAGAAGAACCCAAUCUUUGUGAUACAAAUGAAUUUGAAUACUUAUUCUCAAAAGAAGCAGCUCAGGAAAAGAAAAAAGCACUAGCUGAAUCUUAUGAAAAGAAAACAAAAACCAAAAAGAUUAUCAAAUUAUUGGAUGGGAAGAGAUCUCAAACUGUAGGAAUUCUGAUAUCCAGUUUACAUCUGGAGAUGAAGGACAUAGAACAAGCUGUACUAAAUAUGGAUGAUUCAGUAGUUGACCUAGAAACAUUGGAAGCACUAUAUGAAAAUAGAGCACAGAAGGAUGAACUGGAAAAAAUAAAGCAGCAUUAUGACACUUCAACAGAAGAAGAAGUUAAGCUUCUGGACAAACCUGAACAAUUUUUAUAUGAGUUAUCCCAGAUCUCCAACUUUGCUGAACGUGCCCAGUGUAUAAUCUUUCAAUCUGUCUUCAAUGAAGGGAUAAUUGCAGUUCAUCAUAAAGUUGACAUUGUUCAUCAUGUUUGUAAGGAGUUGAUCACAAUGAAAAGUGUGAAAAAUAUUUUAGCUUUGGUUCUGGCUUUUGGAAAUUAUAUGAAUGGAGGAAAUCAAACACGUGGUCAAGCAGAUGGAUUUGGCUUGGAAAUACUUCCCAAACUAAAAGAUGUUAAGAGCAGAGAUACAGGAAUCAGCCUUGCAGAUUAUGUUGUAAUUUAUUACCUACGCCAUUGUGAUAAGGAAGCAGGAACAGAAAAGAGUGUAUUUCCAUUGCCAGAGCCCCAGGAUUUCUUCCAGGCAUCACAAGUAAAAUUUGAAGACGUGACAAAAGAUUUAAGAAAACUAAAGAGAGAUCUAGAAGGUUGUGAAAAACAAAUGAAAGUUGUUUUCAGAGAAUCAUCUGAAGAACACCUUCAGCCCUUUAAGGAUAAGUUUGAAGAUUUUUACUGUGAAGCUGUAGAAGAACAUAAGGCAGCGAAAAGUCACCUGGACAAUGCACAAAAGUGCUUUGAAGAAAUGGUGAAGUACUAUGGAAUAAAGCCAAAAUCUGGUGAAAAGGAGACCACACCGAAUUACGUUUUCAUGGUUUGGCAUGAAUUCUGCAGUGAGUUUAAGGCUAUUUGGAAACGGGAGAACAAAAAUAUUUCCAAAGAAAGACUCCGAAUGGCUCAGCAAUCAGUGAGCAAGUUAACUUCAGAAAAGAAAGUGGAAACUAGGAAAAUCAAUCCAACUGCUAGUCUGAAAGAAAGACUACGUCAGAAAGAAGCCGGGGUGCCUCCCAACUGAAAGAAGACCCCCAAAACAAAACAAUAACCAACGAGAGUAUGACCUUGAUGAUGCUACACAUUGCCCCUUCCCUUUGGGAGCACCUUAUUUUAGAUGAAGUUCUGUUUUGCUUUUUUCUUCCGACAAUCCACCAAAGACUUUUCAAUCCCUUGGUUUAUACAAGCAAGGGAAGGCUAAGAAGUUUGUUUACAUGGGAAUUAGGAAGGGUUCCCCAGUAACUGUUUCCUAUGUGGUUGAAACUGAAUGGUUUUCUUAAAAGCGAAGAACGUCUCUAUGCAAAGUGCACUAGUAUGGAAGAGCAAAUCUGGAUUUUAGGCAGGGAAAUAAAUAGCUUUAUAUCAUCUGCAACAGAUGUAUGGGAUGGCUAAUAUAAGUCUUUUGAAGAUUUGCUGAAUUGGUGUCUGCUUAAAAUUAUUUUUAUGGCAUUCAAAGGAUUAAGUUUAUCUUCUAUAUUUUAUUAUAAUUAUUUUUAUAAGAAGCUCAAUCUAUGCACAGGAAUAGAAAUACAUUUUUUGCAGAUAUGGAGAGAGAAUAUCAAAAUGUAUGCUGCACUUGUAUCGACUAAUGUAUUGAGUUUUGUUCCUAUUUUAAUGGUAAAAUGGUAAAAUGAAGAAGUUGCAUAUCUAGAUGAGGUUCAGAUAGCAGUUUUCAACAAUACAUUAUUUAUAAUCAUUUAAUUGGAUGCUGUGUAAAAACUGUUUCCAUUAUUUGUAAUUAUUCUAAAGCAAAGCCUAUAUUCUUUAACAGUUAACAUUUUGAUAUAACCAGUGUUUAGAUAUUUCUACAUAAUUCUGUAAGUAUGCAUGUGUCUGGAACAGAGUGUGCACUUAUAUACAAACACAUUUUCUACUUACAUUAUAUAUGUGUGUGUGUGUGUGUGUCAGUGGUGGGUUGCUACCGGUUCGCCCCCAGAUAGGGCGAACCGGUAGCGGCAGUGGCGGGAGGCUCCACCCACCCAGACGCUUCUGUGCAUGCGCAGAAGCAUUGCGCGCAAAAGUGCGCGCACCACGAGCAAACCAGUAGCAACAGGAUUUGAAACCCACUACUGGUGUAUGUGUGUGUGUGUGUGUGUGUGUGUGUGUGUGUGUGUGUGUGUGUAUCGUUGCCUAGAUUAAGAAAAAAGACAGCAUUGAUCUCCCAUUUUUCAUGCUGUAACAACUUGUAUGAAGGGCAGCUUAGAAUUAAAAAGUAUAAUUGAAAUCAAUAAAUAAUAAAAUUAAAAUGCAAUUCAUGUCCUAUAUCAGAAGCUAAAUGGUUGCAAAGCAAGCCACAUGACAAGAGAAAGAGAUUGCAAAGAUUUCUGGGUGCUGCAACCUCGUUUAGGAAAAGUUUUGCUGUGCAGCAAUGCCAGCCUUACUCUCACGCCAGCAUGUGUUUUUGUCCGUUGCGGACAUUUGGGCUUAAAUUCCCAUAUUAGCCAAAAACUGACUAAUUUAUUAAUUUAUUACUACUGUCUUAUUUACAGACUGUCACUAAACAAGGUAGCCGCUAAACAAGGAGGGGUUGUAAUAAUAAUUAGGUUAAAAAUAGCAUAAUGUUAAAAAGUAAUGAAGCAUAGGCCAAAGUUGUUGACUCAACAGCUGAAGAAAAUGUGGACUCAGAAGUUGGUAGUUUUUAUUUUAUUUAUUUAUUUAUUUAUUAAAUUUAUAUGCCACGCAUCUCACUGAUAAGGUGACUCUGAGUGGCUAUAAUCAGGGUUCUGUGGUCUAGAAGUAGCAUGAAAAAUAUUUCUCCUUCUUAUCUCAAAGAAAGACGUGCCACUGAAUCUGAGUGGCGUGGUUUUCCAACUCUCUUACUGCAGGGAAUUGAAGAAAGAUUGUUGAUAUGUCAUCCUCAUAUCAAUAGCACUUAUAUAGCACUUCACAGUGCUUUCUAGCCCUCUUUAAGCGGUUUACGGAGUCAGCAUAUUGCCCUCAACAAUGUGGGUCCUCAUGGCAUCUGCCUUUUCUCCUUUUUCAGGGAUGCUUUGCAUGAUCAGAAACACAACGAAGCAUUUUUUUUGUUCCUCAAAAUGUCCCAUCUUUUAAAAAUAUAAGAAAAGUGCAUUUCGUCUUGAAUUAUGAUGAAGCCACAGAGGGUAUGAUGAACAACAAAAAAAAUGUAAAAGAAAAAGACCGCUGCCUGCAUGAUAAUAAAGACUUGGGUUAAGUGAAUGCAUGUCAUUAAAAGUAAUUCAUUAACUGUAAAGAAAAAAAAAUCAAAUAUGCAAUAUGUAACUUUUGCACAAUUAAGGAAAAGGGCUCUAAAGUGUAUAUAUUAUGAUUGCUAUUGAAACAUGACAUUUGUAGAAUACAUAGUUAAACGGUUCGCAACAAGAACUAUUGUUGAUGUUAGUAGUGAACAGCAAAAUAUUAUUUUCCUCUUAGACAGAAACAUGACGUAUUUUUCCCUGUCGUGAACAGAAACCAAUACAAUAAAUUGAGAAAAUUAAAAUGGGUUGUGUAACAUGUAAUAAAGAAUUUUAGUUUUGUGAAAGUUCACUAAACUAUCAAGUAGUUACGCACAUAAUAUAAUAAAUUUCCCGCUUCGCAAACUGUUUUAUUUGCCAUAUACAAUGUCAAAUCUUUUGCUUCUAAGAUUUAACAACUAUCCAUAAGUAAACAAAAUGCUUCUGAGUCUAUCAGUUGCAAAUUUUAAACUCACAAUCCCAUUCAAAUUCCAAAACUAGAAGUGGGUAACGGUUGCUUUGUUACAGGACCUUUAAACACUCAAGUAAGAAAAAGGAAAAACAUGGUAAUUUAUGCUGAGACGGAGAGAGAAAGAGACUUAGUGGUUAAUUAAAUUUUAUUUAGUAUAAUUCAGUGUCGUUACUCUUUACUGUGCAAAUAUAUGGCAGCUUGCCAUUUUCAGUUAAAAAAUUAACAUGACAAAAAGAACACCAAACUCUAUCUGUUUAUAUUUUGCAACUAAUAGAUGAAAUCCCACUUAAUGUUAUUUUGUAACAUUUUAGAACGAAUCUAUUUAUUUUGCAAACUGGAAGACAUGUUAUCAUAAUCUGCAUUAUUUCAAUGUCAAUACAGAAGAACAAAAGAAAGAUGAUAUUCUAUGUAUCAUUUUCCAUGUUUCACCCAAGUUGUUGGAAUAGGAAAAACAGGAGUAGAAACGUAUUUUGUAGAAAAGGAAUGUCCUUAUCCAGAAAAUAUACAUCUGUUACCCAGUGGAGAGAAUAUUUGGAUCAUAUCACAAAUUGAAUCCAAUAUCUACACAUGCUAUUUGGAUCUUUAUUUUUCUACUAAUAUAUAGAUGAAUUUCUUUGUCCUGGUUGGCUUGGAUUGCUGUGAUGUACUUUAGAUAAUCUCAGUUUAUAGCUGGAUGAAUGAUAUUGUAGCACUAUGUGUUUAUAGACUUUGGAAAUGGUAUAUCAAAAUCUAUAUGUGGUACAAACCAGCCAUUCAGUAAAUAUAAAAGUAUAAAUAUACCGAAAAUUAGAGAACAGAGUAAAAAUAAAAACCAAUCAUAAAAUA